CCAAUAUGUCGGCGCCCAUGAAAGUCAACACGCUAGUUUGCAUUUUAAUUACUUUUAAUGACAAAUAAAAUAGAUAUAAUUUUCUUGGUAUAAGGGGUGGCGUACAAGACGUUGCCAGGAAAGCAGUGUUGGCUGUAACAGGUUUUACAGUAAAUGCAAGACAAAUUAACAUGAACGAGAUGGACCAUGUCCAACAUUUCAUUCUUCACCCAUGUGAAAAGAAGGAGAUUAACAUACAGCAAUGUUGGAUAUCUCCAUCUGUUAUUUCUAUCCUUGGAAUCCCUCUAGGUUCCUACAUUCAGAUCUGUCUGGACAUGAGAACUGUGUUGUGUAGGGUUUGGCCGAGCAAGCCUAGUAAAGAACUGCAUCUAUGGUACGAUGACACUGUAUCUUUAAAUUACUGUAAACAGGAUUUAUUAGGAUUGGAAAACAAGAUCAGUAUUUUAAAAACAUCCAAGGCUGAAGCAGUUAAUGUCACUGUUGUCUUGAAAGAUUGGUCUCGUUUUGAAAACUGGAAAGAUGUUCCUGGUGUCCAGAGAAGACUUCAAAACAAUUGUCUGAAGUGUCUUAGGGGGUUGUGUGUAUUACCACAGUGUUCCGUAUCUCUGAAAACAUCAAGCUUAGCUCAAGCAUAUGGCAUCUGUUCAGUUGUUGUAAAUGCCAAAACACCUGAUACAUCCCAAGCGGUGGUGAUCCACGAAGGAACAGAAAUCAAUAUCAAUAAAAUUGAAAGCGAGGAACGGCACAAUUUGUUGAUUCAUCACAAACAACCCAUUGGAGGAACAAAACUGGUGAUAGAAGCAUUAAAAGAUCUCAUUCAGUUGCCUCUGGAACAUGCAGAUGCUUUUAAAUACUUGGGUGUACCUCAUCCUCGUGGCGUGUUACUUCGUGGACCGCCAGGGUGUGGAAAAACAACCAUUAUAAAACACAUAUCUCAGAUCUGUGGUGCAGCCCUGGUGGUUAUUAAUGGACCAGAGGUAUUGGGACCUCAUCCAGGAGAGAGUGAGGAGAAAAUUCAGAAGAUUUUUCAGCAAGCUGUGAGACUGAGUAAGGAAGGGCCGUGUAUAUUAUUCAUCGAUGAAAUUGAUGCACUGUGUCCAAGGAGAGGAAAAGCAGCACAAGCCCACAGCUCGAGGGUGACCAGUGCUGUGAUGUUAUCCAUGGAUUGCUUGCAGCAGACAGAAGGGUUAGUGGUAAUUGGAGCUACAAAUCGUCCGUCAGCUCUAGACCCGGCUUUAAGGAGGCCUGGUCGAUUUGAUAGAGAGGUGCUGAUGAAUGUUCCAGACAGACCUCAGAGAAAGGAUAUUUUAGAGAUCCACUGUGCCAACAUGUUGCUGGACGAAACCGUGGACAUGGAUCGACUGGCCGCUUUGACCAAUGGCUAUGUUGGUGCAGACCUUGCAUCUCUGUGCAGUGAAGCAGCCUAUCUGGCCAUGGAGGAGACUGUGUCAUCAUUGCUCGGUGAUCUAAGCCAGGUUUGCCCAGUCACCAUGUCCCAUUUCCUGACCGUGUUUAAAACUCUGCGACCGUCUCUACAGAAGGAUGCUGUAGGUCUUGUCAGUCUUCAGCCUGUGGCCUGGACAGACAUUGGAGGACUGGACGAUGUUAAGAUAAAGAUCAAGCAGGCUGUUGAAUGGCCGAUGCUGCACCCCGAAGCGUUCCGGCGAAUGGGCCUGCCCAGGACGAAGGGUGUUCUGCUGUAUGGACCGCCAGGAUGCUGCAAGACAACUCUUGUACGUGCUGCUGCCACGGCAAUCAGGUCGUCAUUCGUGGCCUUGAGUGGAGCUCAGCUCUACUCACCUUUCGUAGGAGACUCUGAGAGAAUGAUAGCCGAGGUGUUUCAAAAGGCUCGGGCCCUGUCGCCAUCCAUCUUGUUUCUGGACGAGAUAGACUCGAUCGUUGGCAAGAGAUCGGAGUCGGGGUCUCACCGCGGUGUUCAGGAGAGAGUGCUGUCGGCUCUGCUCAAUGAAAUGGACGGCAUCGGCAUUCGCCUCGACGACAAAACAGACAGCGUGAGGGAGAGGGAACUUGAAGGAAGUUCACAUACAAAGACCUCCACCCAGGAGUUGCACACUGUUGACGAGAACAAGGUCCUGGUCGUGGCGGCCACCAACAGACCGGACUUAGUGGACGAUGCCAUCCUCCGACCCGGCCGCAUUGACAGAAUCAUCUACAUUCCUCCUCCAGACCAACAGACAAGAAUGGAAAUUCUGAAAGUUCAUACGAAGAAGAUGCCAGUUGAGGAUGUCAAUUUGGAAGACCUGGCUAAAGAUACAGAAUUCUACACCGGGGCAGAUUUGGAGAACUUGUGUAAAGAGGCUGGAAUGUGUGCCCUCUCAGAGAAUUUUGACACAAGCUCCGUCAACUCCAGACAUUUCCAGAAAGCCUUGCACAUUGUGAAACCUUCCUUGAACAGUGAACUUGUGGAGAAGUACAAGUCACUGGACCACUCAAACAUAUAUUUUAACAAGAUUGACAAAAUAUCCUGAUUAAACAAUGAAAAUAAAAAUUCCGAAACCUU